AAGGGAACAGCUCGAAAAUCGUCUCACCCGGAAGCUAAGAAUACCGGCUGGACCCAACCGUGUUUCUUCGAAUGAGGCCAUACCCAAUCGUUUCGAGGGUUGGCCGCGCGCUGCCUCACAGCUUAUAAAAAGGAGGGAGGGGAAAGGCACAUACUAGACAGACGACACAACUACGCACCACCCACGAGAGCUUCGGCAAUCAAGUUCCCUGGUCAAUCACCCUCUCCUCGCCCAGCUCGCCCUCGCCCAGCUCGCACACGGCCGUUCCGCACUACCACAACCGCCGUCCAGCAUGGCGCCCAAGUCCAAGCCGGCGAAGCAGCCGUCGUCCGGGUUCGCCCACGGCUACGAGUUCGGCGGCCCGCUCGGCACCUCCGCCAUCACCUUCGGCCUCCCCAUCCUCUGCUACGUCUUCGCCUUCGGCUGCAACGAUGUCUCCGGCUGCCCCGCCCCGUCGCUGCUGAGCCCCAAGACCCUCACCCUCGAGCGCCUCAAGGCCGACGUGGGCUGGCCCGAGGACGGCAUCUGGGGCCUCGCCAGCUGGGAGGCUACCGGUUACACCGUCGCGUAUUUCUUCCUCAGCGCCCUGCUCUACCGCAUCCUGCCCGCCACCGAGGUCGAGGGCACCGUGCUGUCGACCGGGGGCAGGCUCAAGUACAGGUUCAAUGCACUCGCCUCGGCCUUGUUCACGCUCGUCAUAUGCAUCGCCGGCACCAUCGCCCAGGGCGCCGAGUUCCCCCUCUGGACCUUCAUCGCCGAUAACUACCUGCAGAUCCUCACCGCCGACAUUCUCAUCGCCUAUGCCGUCGCCGCCUUCGUCUACGUCCGCAGCUUUUCCGUGAAGCCCGGCAACCCCGAGCACCGCCUGCUCGCCGCCGGCGGCUGCUCCGGCAAUCUCAUCUACGACUUCUACAUGGGACGCGAGUUGAACCCCCGCGUCACGAUCCCCAUCAUCGGCGAGAUCGACAUCAAGGAGUGGAUGGAGGUGCGCCCCGGCCUGCUCGGCUGGAUCCUCUUCAACUGCGCCUUCGUCGCCAAGCAGUACCGCACGUUCGGCUUCGUGAGCGACAGCAUCGUCUUCAUCGCGGUCGUGCAGGCCGUCUACGUCAUCGACUGCCUCAUCCUCGAGCCCGCCAUCCUCACCACCAUCGACAUCACCAACGACGGCUUCGGCUUCAUGCUCUCCUUCGGCGAUCUCGCCUGGGUCCCCUUCAUCUACAGCCAGCAGACCCGCUACCUGGCCUCGCACCCCGUCGCCCUCGGCUGGCUCGGCAUCGCCGGCGUCUCCGUCGUCCUCGUCGCCGGCUUCGCCGUCUUCCGCCUCAGCAACCUGCAGAAGAACAUCUUCCGCACCAACCCCGACGACCCGCGCGUCGCCCACAUCAGCUACAUCGAGACCAAGACGGGCUCGCGCCUGAUGACGUCGGGCUGGUGGGGCGUCGCGCGGCACAUCAACUACCUGGGCGACUGGCUGCAGGCCUGGCCGUACUCGCUGCCGACCGGCUUCGCCGGCUACACCAUCCUGGCGGCCGGCGGCAGCAGCGGCGCCGAGGGCGCCGUCGCCAGGCUCGACGGCCGCGAGGUCGUCCAGGGCCCCGCCAAGUACUGGGGCAUGCUCUUCACCUACUUCUACAUCGUCUACUUCGCCGUCCUGCUCGUCCACCGCGACGGCCGCGACGACGACAAGUGCUCCAAGAAGUACGGCGAGGACUGGGAGAAGUACAAGAAGAUCGUCAAGUACAAGAUCGUCCCCGGCAUCUACUAGGCGCCAGCGAGUAUGUGUAUACAUGUGUGUCUGAGAAAGAGAGAGUGAGAGAGAGUGUGUGUGUGUGUCUGAGAAAGAGAGAGAGUGUGUGUGUGAGAGACUGCGAAAAUACAUGUGAUGAAGCGGGGGGGCUAAGCCAUUGGAU